AUGCGGCGGCAGGCGGGCAAGCCCGCGGCAGCGUGCUGGGGCAGCGGGGUGGUGGGCUUCGCCAGCAGCAUGCUCCUGCUGAGCCGCUCCGCUCUCCAUCUCCCAGCCUUGUGGUGGUACCUCUUCCUCUCCACCGAUGCCCAGGAGGUGGCCACGUUCACGGUGCAGUACCGGGUGUUUGAAGAAGUGCCGCUGGGAACGGUGAUAGGGACGCUGGCUGAGCACUUCGAGGGGGGUGAGAGCGGCGAAACAGCAGAUACCUUCCAGCUGAUGGAGACCCCCGGGAGGUUCCCGCUGCACGUGGGGAACGGGGACGGGGUGCUCAGCACAGCCGGACGGGUGGACAGGGAGCAGCUGUGCCGGCACAGCGAUCCCUGCUGGGUCUCUUUCGAUGUGCUGGCUGCCCGAAACCUGGCUCUGAUUCACGUGGAGGUUCAAGUGCUGGACGUCAACGACAAUGCGCCACGGUUUCCCACGCCCGAGCUGGAGCUGGAGAUGUCGGAGAGCGCAUCCCUGCGGACAAGGAUCCCGCUGGACCGAGCCCUGGAUGCCGACACCGGCCCCAACGCCCGCUGCUCCUACGCGCUCUCCCGCAGCGAGCACUUUGCUCUGGAGGUCAUCUCCAGCUCCGAUGGGACAAGGCACGCAGAGCUUGUCAUGGUCAAAGAAGUGGACCGGGAGCUGCACUCCUCCUUCGACCUCGUGCUGACGGCCACUGAUCAUGGGGAGCCACCACAAUCAGGUACCGCUUUAAUUAAAGUCAUCGUCCUUGACUCCAAUGAUAACAGCCCCAUCUUUGCAGAGAGCUCUUUGAUGGUAGAGGUUCGGGAGGAUGCUCUGCCCGGGACCCUCCUUGUGACGGUCACGGCCACCGACCCUGACCAGGGCCCCAACGGGGAGAUCGAGUACAGCCUGAGCAAGCACGCGCCCCCGGAGGUGCUCAGCGCUUUUGGCAUCGAUGCCCGCACAGGCAGCGUCAUCCUGAAGCACCCGCUGGACUACGAGGAAACCCACGCCUAUGAGCUGGACGUGCAAGCCCGGGACCUGGGUGCCAACCCCAUCCCAGCGCACUGCAAGAUCCUGGUCAAAGUCCUGGACGUCAACGACAACGCUCCCAAUGUCCAUGUCACCUGGGCCGCGCGGGCACCCGUGCUCUCUGAAGCCCUCCCCAAAGACAGCUUCGUGGCUCUGGUGACGGCCAGCGACCCUGAUUCGGGAAGCAACGGGCAAGUGCAUUGCUCCCUCAGUCAAGGGUACGAGCACUUCAGGCUGAAGAGGACCAACAGCCACAGCUACGUGCUGAUGACCAACGCCACGCUGGACAGGGAGCUGCGUGCCGAGUACAACCUGACGUUGGUGGUGCGGGACCAGGGUGACCUCUCCUUGGCCGUGCUGAAGCACCUCACUAUCUGCAUCAGCGACGUCAACGACAACGCCCCCUCCUUCGAGAAGGCCACCUACGAGGUUGCUGUUGCUGAGAACAGCAAAACACCUGCCUUCUUGCUCACCGUCCGUGCCACCGACCCUGACCUGGGUUUCAACGGGAAAAUCACCUACAGCAUCCCGGACUCCUCUGCUUCGGGUCUGGUCUCAGUCGACCCCACCACUGGGGAUGUUUUUGCCCUCCGAGCUUUUGAUUACGAGCAGGUGAGGAGCCUGGAGUUCCUGGUGACCGCAGAGGAUGGUGGUCACCCCAAGCUGGCGACCAACAUCUCCAUCAGGCUGGCUGUGCUCGACCAGAACGACAACGCACCUGUCAUCACCACACCGGUGCUGGUGGGAGGCACGGCUAUGCUCUCUGUCCUGGUUAAUGCGGAGACGGGGUGCUUCUGGGUGGUACCUGGGAACGGGAGCACCCAAGGGACUGCAGCGGUGACCAAUGCAACACUCGUGUCGUGCACCGGUGUUCCCUUCCUCUUCACCAUCACGGCCAGGGAUGUGGACUCUGGCAUCAAUGGGGCUCUCCGGUAUGAUCUGGUGGGUGGGGAUGAUGCCGGGCUCUUCAUCCUGGACCCUCUCUUGGGGCAGGUCUUCCUCAAUGCCAGCAACGCCAGCAGCCUUGCCGGCAGUGAGCGGGAGCUGGUGGUUCGGGUGAGCGAUGGGGGGGACAUUCCCCUGCACACCCUGGCCCGGGUCCGCUUAGUUUUCCGGCACCACGGGGCGUUCUCCAAAAUGUCAGCCCAGGAUCUCGGAUGGCUGAGCCCAUCCGUGGUGGCCGUUAUCUGCCUGGCCUCUCUCCUGGGUGGGUGCCUUCUCCUUUUGGCUUUAACCCUGUCUUUGCGUAAGAAGGAGAAGAAGGAUGGCAUGGCCUACAACUGCAGGGAGGCAGAGGAUGCCCGCAGGCAGCAGCAGCUCAAGAAGCCGCACAGGCAGAUCCAGAAGACGGAUAUCCACCUCGUCCCGCUGCUCCGGGGCCGGCCCCGGGAGGCUGAGCCCCCCCGUCCCUCCCAGGAGGAUCUGCCCGGCACAGCUAUCCCUGCGCCGGGGGGCUCCCCACAGGCUCCCCUCCACCUCACCCCCACUCUCUACAGGACCCUGAGAAAUCAGAGGACCCAAAAAGACUCAGACGAGCAGCAGGGGACCUUCAACCUGCCCAUCCUGCAGCGCCGGCCCUGCCAGCCCCACAGACUGAAAAAUUCGGCGAAAGAGGCUGCGAGCCCCCCAGAUGUACCACUGCACUGCAAGAGCUUGGUGAAGCCACCACAGUCGGUGAUCGCCGGGGCUCAAUAGGCUUUUCCUGCCUUACAGCAAAUCUCCCAGCUGCUCUCCCUGCUGCACCAGGGCCAGUUCCAGCCCAAAACAAACCACAGGGGAAACAAGUACACGGCCAAGAAUGGCAGCAGGGCUGCGGGGCUGGAUGCGGACUGCCUGAGCACAAAGGACAGUGGGCACGGCGAGAGUGAGGCGGAGGACCGUGAUUCAGAGAGCGGGUUUGAGCUCUCCGUGCAGCAGCUGGUGGGAGAGGAGCUGGAAACCCUCCUGGAGCCGCAGGCAGAGCUGGCCCUCAAGAGGCUGACGGCUGCUGACCCAGCAUGGGUGGCUCGGCUCUCCUUGCCGCUCACCAGUAGUUACAAGGACAACAUCUUCUCCCCUGACUCUCUGCAUUCACCUCAGGAUGAGGAAGCUGCAAGGCAGGAGAAACCAAGGACCUUUGAGACCUUCGGCAAAGGUGCUGGGGCUGACUCGAACGCCGCCGGGACAAGACUGGCCAGCACUUUCCUUUCAGAAAUGAGCACCCUCUUUGAAAUGAUUUUGUCCCAGAAAGUCCAAGUCCACAAUGAAACAGGCUCGGGGCUUCUGCGGCAGCUGUCGGCACGUGGGAAGAGCUUCGGACUGGAAGACAGUGCUCCUGUUCUGUAGGCAGCU